AUAGUUUUUAACAUUAUUUGAUAAAAGGAUGAGGUUGAUCAUCUCGAUACUACUUCUCUUACUAAGUCUUCUUGGUUAUUCUAAAGGAUUUGACUACGAUGAGGAUGAUAUAAGGACGCUAGUGAAACGACAAGCUAAUUAUUAUAAUAAUUAUGAUUAUAAUGCAGAAACCACAACGAUAGCUACAACGAAGAAGAAACUUAUAAAGAAAUGUCCAACAAAUGCUGCGGGAAAAAGAAGUAAGAAAUUAAAAUUGAAAAAGUUUGCAUCUUUAUGACUCAAAAAUUAAAUCCUUGACAGUUAAAUGCAAAAAGAAGAGAAAGAAGACAACGACAACAACAACAUCCACAACAGAACAACCUUCGGGAAUUCCACAAUCUUAUUGGCGAGGACCAUCAGGGAUCAAUCCAAUUUCAUUUUUCCUUGGACCAGGAACUUUAUAUUCUAAUACCAGUCCAUCAAAUGGAACAACAAUUAUGUCGACGAAAUCUACUUCAACUAGUAGUCCAAUCAAGUCUACGAUUCCAGUAUCGAGCUUUGGAGGUAAUUUUGUGGGAUUGCCUAUGAUGCUAGGUGGAUUACUUCCUACUGGUAGUCCAAUAAAUUCUUCUAUUCCGCAUAUGCCAGCUGCUUUAGUAUCUGGCCCUUCCCUUAACUUAUCUGCACCUGGUGAAUUCACUAGACUCAGUCCUGCUGGUGCUAUGCAGAUAGGAUUUUUACCAAAAAUCAUGAAAUCACUUAAUGCUUCAACUUCAAUUAAUGAUGAUCCAAUAGUUUCAGGAUCGACAACAACCCCUUUGAGUCUGACGACAACUGGAUUGAUUUCUAAGCUUGGAAAUUUGACUGCCACAACUGCAUCAUCUGGGUCUGCUACAUCAUUAAAACCAGCAGGACUGUCAAACGUUACAAAUUCAAUUUCCACCACUUCAAUAGCUUCAUCUUCUACAACCAAAAUUGUACCUUCUUAUCAGACUACAACUAUUCUUUCAAACCUUACUACUGUGCCUUCAAAUAUGGGAUCUCUUCUUGGAAGAGUCGGAAUGCCUUUUGGAAUGGGUUCUUUACCAGAAAAUGCAAAAGUGGUAUCUACGACAGUCUUUCCGUCGACUACAGUAGCUUUUACACAAUCUACAUCAGCAUUGCCUAUCCAGACAACUGCUUCUACUUCUUCGACUAUGGGAUCACUUUUUGGAAGAGCUGGAUUGCCUUUUGGGCUUGGGUCAUCAUCAACCAUUACAACAGCAGUUCCUACAUCUGUUUUGCCAAUAUUAGGAAUCUCUCCUACUCAGUCUACUGUUCCUGUACCAACUUCAUCUUCUCUUACAACUAAAUCAAGUUCAUUACAGCUUGAUGGGUCUAUUGUGGCUUCUUCAACUAGUUUUCCUUCAAGUACCUUUGCUAACACAGCUACCACUUUAAAUAAUUCUGUAACAACUAUUGGAUCAGCCGUAAAUGGAACAUUGACAACGAAAAGCAACGCCUUGACAUCAAAAAAAUCCAAAAAGACUACCAAAAAGAAAAGACGCAAGAAGACUAAAAAGUCAACCAAAAAGAACCAGUCAAAGAAGACGACCAAAAAAGCUAAAAAUCAGCAAGUCAAUAAAGAGAAUGCGAAUGGAACAAAAAAACAAAAUUGAAGUAUUUUUUAAGAUGAAUCACAAGUGUCAGUAACUUGCAAAACAACACAGUACAAUGAAUCAGCAAUAAUCUACUAAAUUACAAAAUCAAGUUCGAAGCUUUCUUUAAAGGUCGAGUGUAGACGUAAUAAAAUAUAUCAAAC